GUGAAUGUUAAAGACCAAAACAUGCUGAAACUCAAAAUCACAGAUUAUACAGCAUCUGCAAACGUCUCCAUUGGUACAGCAGAUACCUCACUCAACUCUCUCGAUUCCAACGUCCUUUACUCUCCAUGUAUGCUUGCCCGCCUCCAAAAUCGCCAAUCGACAACCUUCUCCGAAUAUGACGCAUCAUCCACCACCACGUGGGCCUCCAUUCAGUCCAUCUAUGGAGUAACGAGCUUGACAGAUGUGCAACUGUCAGCUGCGGGCCCAACCGCUACGCCUCCAGUGCCCUCACGAGCCGCACGACCUUCAGGCUGUGAAAAGUACUAUCGAAUGACAGCGGAGACAUGUGCCAAGUUGUGGCUUUGAAUAACUUGGUAUCAACGCUCGAGGCGAUCAACCCAAAUAUCGAUGAGACAUGCGAUAAACUUGUGCCAGGAUUAUACUGUUGCGUCUUUCCUACGGCUGAUUGGAAUUUGGCGAGUGGCUCAACGUCGCCUUCAACAAUU